AUGGAUCUUGUAGGUUUUUCUAUCAGGCUGCAAUUGUUCCUCAGCACAUGUCUGGGAUUGGAAUUUUUAGGUACACCAGGUCAGUGGGCACGCUACCUCCGCUGGGACGCCAGCACCCGCGGUGACCUCAGCUUCCAGUUUAAGACAGAGGCCUCAGAGGCGCUGCUGCUGUACUUUGAUGAUGGAGGUUACUGUGACUUUCUGCAGCUCUCGGUGGUGGAGGGACGGCUGCAGCUGCGCUUCAGCAUCGACUGUGCUGAGACCACCAUUGUGUCUGACAGACGAGUAGAUGAUGGCAGCUGGCACAUUGCCACCCUGAGCAGGUAUAACCUGCGCACAGUGUUGGUAUUGGACGGCCAGGCCAAAGCAGACGAAGUGCAGCCUCAGCGUCAGUUCAUGAAAAUAGUCAGCGACCUGUUCCUGGGUGGAGUGCCUCAGGAUAUCCGCAACGGUGCACUUACACUGCCUACAGUGCGAAACAUGCAGCCCUUCAGGGGAACAAUUACAGACCUCAAAUAUGGCAUCUCACAGCCCCUGUUCCUGGGAAGCCUUAAGGUGCCCCUGGAGUCCGAGGGGUGGUGCACCAUGAACCCGUGUGAGAAUGGUGGGACAUGCACAGUGGUGGAUGGAGAGCCGGUCUGUGACUGCUCCAAAACUGAGUACAAGGGCCGCUUCUGCAGUGAAGAGAUCAAUAAUAUAAAAGCCCUGCCACAUCUCAUUGUUGGAGAUGAGGGGAGGAGUGUGUCAAGAGAAGAGAAUGUGGCCACUUUCCGAGGCUCAGAGUACUUCUGCUACGAUCUCUCCCAGAACCCCAUCCAGAGCAGCAGCGACGAGAUUACGCUCUCCUUCAAGACGUGGCAGCGCAACGGCCUUAUCCUUCACACCGGCAAGUCAGCUGACUACGUCAACCUGGCACUGAAGGACGGAGCUGUCUCCCUGGUCAUCAACCUGGGAUCUGGGGCCUUUGAAGCCAUUGUGGAGCCAGUCAAUGGGAAGUUCAACGACAACUCGUGGCACGAUGUCAAAGUGACCCGCAACCUUCGGCAGCAAACAGGCAUCGGACUCGCUAUGGUGACAAUAUCUGUGGAUGGGAUUCUGACCACUACGGGUUACACCCAGGAAGACUACACCAUGUUGGGCUCUGAUGACUUCUUCUAUGUGGGUGGAAGUCCCAGCACAGCUGACCUGCCUGGAUCUCCAGUCAGCAAUAACUUCAUGGGCUGUCUGAAGGAGGUAGUGUAUAAGAACAAUGACAUCCGUCUUGAGUUGUCCCGUCUGGCUCGAAUCGUGGACCCUAAGAUGAAAAUCCAGGGCGAGGUGUUCUACAAGUGUGAGAAUGUGGCAACCCUGGAUCCGAUUUCUUUUGAGACUCCUGAGGCCUACAUCAGUCUCCCCAAGUGGAACACCAAGCGGAUGGGAUCCAUCUCCUUUGAUUUCCGCACAACCGAGCCCAAUGGCCUCAUCCUGUUCACCCAUGGCAAACCCCAAGAACGCAAAGAUGCCGCCCGCAGCCAGAAGAACACCAAGGUGGAUUUCUUUGCGGUCGAGCUGUUGGAUGGCAGUUUGUACCUGCUGUUGGACAUGGGCUCAGGGACUAUCAAGGUGAAGGCCACCCAGACAAAGGUGAACGAUGGGGCCUGGUAUCACGUGGACAUCCAGAGAGAUGGACGCUCAGGCACCAUCUCAGUGAACAGCAGAAGGACCCCGUUCACAGCCAGUGGUGAAAGUGAGAUUCUGGACCUGGAAGGUGACAUGUACUUGGGGGGGCUUCCAACUGACCGCACCAACCUCAUCCUGCCCACAGAACUCUGGACAGCAAUGCUCAACUAUGGCUACGUGGGCUGUAUCCGUGACCUUUUCAUUGACGGUCGAAGCAAGGACAUCCGUCAGAUUGCCGAAGCACAAAAUGGUGCUGGCAUCAAACCCUCAUGCAACAAACAACCAGGCAAGCAGUGUGAAAGCUACCCGUGCAAGAACCGCGGUGUCUGCAAAGAAGGCUGGAAUCGAUUCAUCUGCGACUGCACCGGCACCGGCUACUGGUCACGCACCUGUGAGAGAGAGGCUUCCAUCCUCUCCUAUGACGGCAGCAUGUACAUGAAGGUGGUGAUGCCGACCAUCAUGCACACUGAGGCGGAGGACGUCUCCCUGCGUUUUCGCUCCCAGCGGGCUUAUGGCCUCCUCAUGGCCACCACGUCCAGAGACUCAGCUGACACUCUCCGGCUGGAGCUGGAUGGGGGUCGCGUCAAACUCACGGUCAACCUAGACUGUAUCAGGAUAAACUGUAACUCCAGCAAGGGACCGGAGACCCUGUAUGCCGGGCAAAAGCUCAAUGAUAAUGAAUGGCAUACAGUGCGUGUGGUGCGUCGCGGCAAAACCUACAAGCUAACGGUUGACGAUGAUGUAGCAGAAGGCCAAAUGGUGGGCGAUCACACUCGUCUGGAGUUCCACAACAUCGAAACAGGCAUCAUGACAGAGCGCCGAUUUGUUUCCAGCAUCCCGUCCAGCUUCAUUGGACAUCUGCAGAGCCUUAGAUUUAACGGCAUGCUCUACAUUGACCUGUGCAAGAACGGUGAUAUCGAUUAUUGUGAGCUCAACGCUCGCUUUGGGGUUCGUUCCAUUAUUGCUGACCCUGUCACCUUUAAAUCCAAGAGCAGCUAUCUGAGCCUGGCCACUCUACAGGCCUACACGUCCAUGCACCUCUUCUUCCAAUUCAAGACCACCUCACCAGACGGCUUCAUACUCUUCAACUCUGGAGAUGGCAACGAUUUUAUCGCCGUAGAACUAGUUAAAGGAUACAUCCACUAUGUCUUUGACCUUGGAAAUGGACCCAACCUCAUCAAGGGGAAAAGUGAAAGGGCACUAAAUGACAACCAGUGGCACAAUGUGGCCAUCACCCGAGACAACAGCAAUACCCACACGCUAAAAGUAGACGCCACAGCCACUAGUCAGAGUAUCAAUGGGGCCAAGAACCUGGACCUGAAAGGUGAUCUGUUCAUCGCAGGACUUGGCCCAGGCAUGUAUGGCAACCUGCCUAAACUGGUGGCUUCCAGAGAAGGCUUCCAGGGCUGCUUGGCAUCGGUGGACCUCAAUGGUCGCCUGCCGGAUCUCCUCAAUGACGCCUUGUUUCGUAGCGGGCAGAUUGAGCGUGGAUGUGAAGGCCCCAGCACCACCUGUCAGGAGGACUCCUGUGCCAACAUGGGCAUUUGUAUCCAGCAGUGGGAGAACUACACCUGCGACUGCUCCAUGACCUCCUACACCGGCACACAGUGCAAUGACCCUGGGACGACGUACAUCUUCGGCAAAGGAGGAGGCCUCAUUACAUUCAAGUGGCCAGCAAAUGAGAGGCCGAGCACCAGGACGGACAGACUGACUGUGGGCUUCAGCACCUCCCUGAAGGACGGCAUCCUGGUCAGAAUAGACAGUGCUCCUGGUCUGGGGGACUAUCUCAUGCUGCACAUACAACAAGGCAAAAUUGGGGUGACAUUCAACAUUGGCACAGUGGAUAUUGGUGUGCAGGAAAGCAGUACCCCAGUGAAUGAUGGGAAGUAUCAUGUUGUUCGUUUCACCAGGAAUGGUGGCAACGCUACGCUACAGGUGGACAACUGGUCCAUCAAUGAACAUUUCCCAACAGGACGGCAGCUAACAAUUUUCAACACUCAAGCAACGGUCGCAAUUGGUGGUAGCGAUCGCGGCAGACCCUUUCAGGGUCAACUGUCGGGCCUUUAUUACAAUGGCCUUAAGGUGUUGAACAUGGCUGCUGAGGGCAACCCUAACAUCAAGAUUAAUGGCAGUGUGAGGUUGGUAGGUGAUGUGCCCAGUGUGGCAGGUUCAGCCAGGACCACAGCCAUGCCUCCAGAGAUGUCCACCACCUUUAUAGAAACUACUACCAUGAUGUCCACCACGACCACACGGAAACACAGAUCCUCCUCAACUGUACAGCAUACAGGAGAGGACAUGGUGUCAUCUGCAGAGUGUUCAAGCGAUGACGAAGACCUGGAGGAGUGUGAAAGCCAAGCAGGUGGGCUAGCACUCCCCACAGAGCCAGGCGUCAGGCGAGUUCCAGGGCCCUCGGAAGUGGUCCGUGAAUCUAGCAGCACCACCGGGAUGGUCAUCGGAAUAGUGGCGGCCGCUGCCCUGUGCAUCCUCAUCCUUCUGUAUGCCAUGUAUAAGUACAGGAACAGGGAUGAAGGCUCCUACCAGGUGGACGAGAGCAGGAACUACAUAACCAACUCAGCUGUGCAGAGCAAUGGCGCUGUCAUGAAGGACAAACAGCAGAGCUUGAAAGGCAGCAACAAGAGACAGAAAAAUAAGGAUAAGGAGUAUUAUGUGUGA